CACUCUCAUUCACACAUGUGUGCCAAAUAUCUGACCCCUCCUCUAGAAGUGCUGCUGGACCCAGGUGAGAGCUCCAUGAGAUCCAUACCAGGCGAUUCUCAGGACCCCGCUAGCCCACUCAGCCCCCACCAUCCUGGGGGAGAGACGGAGAGCAACACCAUGAGAGGGGAGGAGAUCCUGGAGGAUGUGGAUCUGGAGUCGAACGACGCCAACAAGAUCAUCACGUUUAAGGACAACCUUUUAAACUUUGACCCUGAUGAGGCCACGUCAACGCUGGAUAACUUUGUGGAGGACAUUCCUGCCAUGGCCAAUGAGGAGGAGCCAGGAGAGACCAAUGAGGAGGUGGAGGUCACUACAGGCGCUGACAACUCAGAAUCAGGUCUGGAAGCCUGGAAGAUAGGAGCCAUCUCUGCUGCUGUGUUUCUGGUCCUGGAGACCAUCGUCAUCAUUGUCUACGUCCUCAAGUGUCGUGACAAAACUAACAGCAGCCCAGCGAGGCUGUGUGAGGAGGGGCGUGUGGAGGUGGAGACAGGUACAGCACUGUGUAAUGAAGAUACUCUACCAGCCGGAGAUGAAGAAUGCCAACAAAUUGCUGUUCUGGACCCGUGGGAACUGGACCCCUCUCAAACCCAACAGCAGCUGCAGCAGGAGGAGGAUGAGGUAGAAAUGAAGGAUCUACAGCUCACCUCCAUAGAGGACCUGGCCAACAGACCAGUAGAUCCCUCACAUGAUGUCCAGACUUCAGUUCUAUAGAUCUACACAGACAGCUGACACUCUCCCUCCCUCUGUUCCUGUGUCCCUCUCCCCCUCUCUCCCCCACCCUGUUCCUGUGUCCCUCUCCCCCUC